GGGGUCGCGGAAGCGGCGGCGGCCGGGGCGCGGAGCGCGGCCAUGGCCGCCCGCGGGCUGAGGGGAGCCGCGGUGGAACCGGAGCCGGGACACGCCCGCGGGCCGAGGGGAGCCGCGGUGGAGCCGGAGCCGGGACACGCCCGCGGGCCGAGGGGAGCCGCGGUGGAGCCGGAGCCGGGACACGCCCGCGGGCUGAAGGGAGCAGCGGUGGAGCCGGAGCCGGGACACGCCCGCGGGCUGAAGGGAGCCGCGGUGGAACCGGAGCCGGGACACGCCCGCGGUGCGCAGGCCAGCGAAGGCAGUACAGACAGAGAGCCUGCCCAGGGCCAGCCUGUGGUGAUCCUCCUGGGCUGGGCCGGCUGCCAGGACAAAUACCUGGCCAAGUACAGUGCAAUCUACAGCCAGAAGGGGUGCACGGUCAUCCGUUACACAGCUCCAUGGAGGAUGAUAUUCUUCUCUGAGACCUUUGGCAUCAGAUCCCUGCAGACCCCAGCCAGGCGACUCCUGGAGCUACUCUUUGACUACAGCAUUGAGAACAGGCCGGUUCUUUUCCACGUUUUCAGCAACGGUGGUGUGAUGCUGUACCGUUACAUCAUCGAGGCGCUCCACACCCACGAGCCCUUCCAGAACCUCCGAGUAGCUGGCACCAUUUUCGACAGCGCCCCUGGCAGGAGAAACUUGCGAGGAGCCCUUCGUGCCCUGGCGACCGUGCUGGUCUCCAUGAACGUGCUGCUCAAGUAUUUGCUGCUGUUCGCGUUCGCCAGCGCAGCCGUGGCGCUGCGGAUCCUGCUGUACCCCCUGACCCGCUUCAUGCACGAGAGCCACUACGACGCCCUGCUGAGAGCGCCCUCGCGCUGGCCCGAGCUCUACCUCUAUUCCCAGGCCGAUCUCAUCAUCAAGGCCAGCGAGGUUCAGCUCAUGGCCAGUGCCCGGCAGCAGCUCGGCGUUCCUGUGAAAGCCGUGGACUUCUCGGAUUCGGCUCACGUCAGCCACAUGCGGGUGUACCCCACCUACUACCGCAGCCUCUGCACGACCUUCCUGUCUGACUGUGUCGGGGCCUCACCUCCUUAGUGCUGUAAUCACCUGCAGUGUUUGCCUCUGCUUGCUCAGCUCCUAUGGGAAAUGUCACCCCCUUUGCUUUUGUGUCUUUGAAAAGAGGAAAGUAGAGGCUUCUUGUUUGGUUUUUUUUUUUUUUUUUCCCAUACCGUCUACAAGCCUGAAAGCCUCCAGCCUGGCCUUUGGACCAGCCAUGUUAGAGCAGAAAGUAGAUAUGGAUUAAUUUAAAGUUCUGAAGGUGAAGUCCUGUCAUGGUUCAUGUUGAUGUGCUUUGCCAAGAUGUCAUAGACCAGAAUCUGACACUGAGUAUUGUUUGUUUCUUCUUGUCUCUUCUUGUUCUCUGCUUUCCAUGUUGUCACCUUGUCCCUGAUGUCCAACAUGCAUGUUCUGUUGCUUGUAUUAAUUUUACAAUACAGCUCUUCCAUGUCUUUGUUGUUUUGCUGUUUUUUUUUUUCUCUCUGACAUUUCUUUUAUCUUGCAAUGAGCAAACAGAGCCAAAUCUGCAGGACUCCUCUGCUUUCCUCAGUGCAUCCCAGUUCUUGUUUUACUCUCCUAACUGGAGAUCGGGCCCUGAAACCAAGUUGUAAGACCAGGAGAAGGUGUGUGUAGGGCAGUAUGACCAGACUGUAAUCUGGUUCCAUUAAAUAGCUGAGAUAAAACAGUCAAAGCUCUCUGAUCCUUGGUGGGAGCUCAGAUGUUUUUUAUAACUUCUGUGUUCUUCAUCCCAGAGGUUUAAGCUAACAUUUUUGAAUGUGUCUAGUGUUUUGUUUCUCUUCCUUCCAGUCUUUUGUGUUUUCUACUGAGUAGUUUUGCUUUAUUGGAGAGCUACUUAUUUGUUAAUUGUAUGUCUUGAAGCAGCCUAUAUUUUGCAUCUCGAUAUGCAGGGAAAUUUUUGCAUUACAGCUGUACCAGAUCCCAGAAACAGAAAGGUGGAAUUGCAGAAGAAAACAGAACUGUCUCUUGGAGCUAUGCUUCAUACUGGGUAUUUCUUAAAUCACCUCUUGCCUACAAAUGACCAUGAAAUAUGUUUUUGUCCAUCAUGUUCUCUUCAGAUGAUCAGUCUUUACAGUCCAUGCAACGUGUACAAGAAAUUAAUUCCUUCCACCUAGUGAAAAAGUAGCUCACUGCACUGUACUUCAUGUUUGGGUUUAAGUUUUAUUGUUUAUUUGAGGGAGAAGUGGGGAUAAGGACAGAGCAGAGCCUGCUAUGUUUAUGCUAUGUCACAGUAUAGCAAGAUAAUUACAUGGUGAACAGCUCUAGCCAACUUUAAAUUGCCAGGAAGAAGCUCUGGAGGGCUGUGCCAUGGGCUUGCUUGAACAAGGAACUGCCCUAGAGAGGUAGGCACUUAAAUAGCAGGAGGAGUUUUGCAAAAAGUUCUACCAGUGGGUGGCUGUGCUGCUCUUGCCUACUCUUGGGGUGUUGUCAUCCACAAUUACAAAACUCUUGCUGUUACGGAUUGAAAUGCAGAGGGGGAAGUCCUUGGGAAGCACUAAAAUAAUUUGGAAAUUUAACACAAGAACUGUAACACCUCACAGAAGUGAAAGCACAGGGUGAGUGGCAGUGGUGACCACACAGCUGGUUUGUAGCAGAGGGAGGGUUGGGCUGUAUAUGGGAUAAGUGAGAAUUAACUGAAAAUGGUCUGAUGACCUGGUUUGUCUUUUAUUUUUUAAAAGUGAGAACUGUCUCCAGGCACUGGAGCUUGUUCUCAGGUCCCAGUCUUCUGUAGGUGUGAUCCCAGUUCCAGCUCCCAGUGUGACAGUGGGGUGUGAGGGCUACUCUGUGGUAAGAGCCUUCAGCCUUCCCCUUUUCAUGAAGAAAUUCUUGUUUCUGGGGUUUGGACCUGUAAAAUCCAGGCAUGGUCCCCUAUCUCCAGGAAGCCCAUCAGAGAACUCUCAGCUUUUUAAAGCAGGCCCCUGGUUUGUGCUGUCAGUGCUGUAACUCCUGAGUUGUGAUGUGUUCAUCUGCCUUUUCAGACAUCUGGGUUGGGGCUUCUCAGCAUACAGCCUGUUUGUGGCACUGUGAACACUCUUGGAGAACAGAGGUGAUAAAGGUUAUUUAACCAGCACUUGCUCUCAUGCUGGUUUCUACAGGCUCAGUAUUUACAGAUCAGUUAAACACUCCAUAAUACACGCCUCUGAAUUAAUACAAUUGUUCCUGGGAA